CUGUCUCUCGCUGGAUGCCACCACCAACAGGGCCAAACAGGCAACACACCACACCCAAGCAGCCUCUCUUCCAGUAGUAGCAAUACCUCUUCGCCGCAGCCCACAGAGUUGAUGAGGCGUUCCAGCAAUACCUCUGCGCCGCUCGCGGCUGUUGUCCUGCUCCUCUUCCUCUUCCUGAUGGUCUGCUUCUUCCACCGCGCGGCAGCGGCACGGCUCCUGCCCGCUGCCGUUGCUCCUCUUGUUCACCAAGGUGUGUGCGCUCCGGCCGCCUCCACUCUCGGGAAUGGCGCCAAGGUUGCUGCUGUAGAUAAUGGCCUAGUAGUGCUUCAGGAUGGUGCCGCGGUCACUGGGGGUGAUGAGCUCUCAUCAGUCUCCGAGGCGAGAGCAGAAGAGAUGACGAUGAUGGGAGCAGAGGUGGCGGAGGAACCGGCGACCGAGUGCGAGGAGGGGAACGACGACUGCCUGCAGCGGCGGCUCCUCCGCGACGCGCACCUCGACUACAUCUACACGCAGCACAAGGGCAGCAAGCCAUGAGCUAGGGAGACGACGACCUGCACGCAUGUUGCCGGGCGAAGAGCACAUGCCGGUCGGGACAGUCGACGUACGGAGGCCGCUAGCUAUAGCUUGAUUAAUUCAGUCGCUUAACAACAGUGACCAGCAACUAGGAAUAUAAUUCCUGAAUCUACAUAUGCAUGUGUGGACGUCUGUCUGCACAUCUCCAUGUCUACAUGGUAGAUUCUAUUUCUUUAAUUAGCGUCGAGCAGAGUAUGCUGCUGCAUGCCCUGCAUGAAACUGUCAAAGAUGACUGCCUAUAUGCUAGUUUGGCUUGAUGAAGUUGUGGACAAAAUUUGGAAUUGUGUUUCUUUUUUA